CAGUGUCAGUAAUUGAUGCGUCUGUAUAGUAGGUACCUAAUUUUGUGUUGAUGUGAUGAUUCCUUAUUUGUAUUAAUAAAAACUUAAAACUGGGAAUUGAACGUAUUUCCACAGAUAUGAAUUAAAAUAGUUAGUUGAUUUAGUAGAUAAUAUAACUAAAAAAAAAAAUGGGAGAUAAUUUCCAGAACAACAAAACAAUGGCAUCUGUUAUGAUGGAUUACGACUUUAAAAUUAAGACACAAAAUGAACGGUCGAAGGUAGAGGAUCUGUUUGAUUUCGAGGGCUGUAAGGUCGGUCGUGGCACAUACGGCCAUGUAUAUAAAGCUCGAAGGAAAGACGGGUCCGAUACCAAAGAUUAUGCUUUGAAGCAGAUUGAAGGCACUGGUCUUUCUAUGUCUGCUUGUAGAGAGAUAGCCCUUCUCAGGGAACUAAAACAUUCAAAUGUGAUAAAUUUGAUAAGGGUGUUCCUCUCCCAUACGGACCGUAAAGUUUGGUUAUUGUUUGACUAUGCAGAACAUGAUCUAUGGCACAUUAUCAAGUUUCAUCGAGCUGCUAAAGCUAACAAGAAGUCUGUCAUGGUCCCAAAGGGCAUGGUGAAGAGCCUUCUCUACCAGAUUCUAGAUGGUAUACAUUAUCUUCAUUCUAAUUGGGUUCUUCAUAGAGAUUUGAAACCAGCAAAUAUUCUUGUAAUGGGAGAAGGGCCAGAGCGAGGAAGAGUGAAGAUAGCCGACAUGGGAUUUGCAAGAUUAUUCAAUGCUCCGCUGAAGCCCCUUGCUGACUUGGACCCUGUCGUAGUGACAUUUUGGUACAGAGCUCCUGAACUGUUGCUUGGAGCUAGACAUUACACAAAAGCUAUUGAUAUUUGGGCCAUAGGUUGCAUAUUUGCGGAGCUUUUAACUUCAGAGCCAAUAUUCCAUUGCCGUCAAGAGGACAUAAAGACGAGCAACCCAUACCACCACGACCAACUGGAUCGGAUCUUCAAUGUUAUGGGCUUCCCACAGGAGAAAGACUGGGAGGACAUUAGAAAAAUGCCUGAACAUCAUACCUUGGUGAAGGAUUUCAAGAGAUCAAAUUACCAGAAUUGUUCAUUGAGUAAGUACAUGGACCGGCAUAAGAUAAAGCCGGAGAGCAAAGCGUUCAGCCUCCUACAAAGGCUGCUGCUCAUGGAUCCUAACAGACGGAUCACAUCAGAGCAAGCCAUGCAGGAUCCUUACUUCACGGAAGAUCCGCUUCCCACUCAGGAUGUAUUCGCUGGAUGUCCCAUCCCGUACCCAAAACGGGAGUUCUUAACGGAUGAUGAUCAGGAUGAUAAAAGUGAUUCCAAGGCAAGGCAAAAUCAGCAACAGCAACAGCAACAGCAAGCAAAUACUCAACAGAAUCAAGUACAAGCUAACAGCCACGAUCAUGCGGCGAAUAACGCAAAAAGAAUGAGAAUGCAAGGUCCAAACCAAGGCAAUAAUCCGACGGGUGGUGGCCCGCAGGAGUUCCAUCAACAACAACAAAUGAUGUUCGGCGGGCAACAACAAGGCAGCUCGCAACAACAGGGCAACUUUCAACAGAGAUUCUAAGAGACUGUGUUAGUUAUAAGAAAUAUGAAAUAUACAUGAUUAAUAUCAAAUGU